AUGGCCGUGUCCGUGAAGGAACAAGCUCAUUACUCCCCUCCGUGGGCUGGUGUAAGUAUCAUAGGCAUAGCUGGAAGUUCUGGGUCAGGGAAAUCUACUUUAUCUCAUGCGGUCAUUUCUCAGAUGAACUUACCAUGGGUUUGCAUUCUCAGCAUGGAUUCGUUUUACAAGUCUUUAGACGCAGAAGGAUCACGAAAAGCAUUUAUGAAUGAAUAUGACUUUGAUUCCCCGGAUGCAAUAGAUUUCGAUCGACUUGUCGAAAUAUUGAGAGACCUAAAGGCGGGCAAGAGAGCUGAAAUUCCUAUCUAUUCAUUCGCAAAGCACGCCCGGGAGAAGGAGACCACGUCAAUAUAUUCCCCACAUGUACUCAUAUUGGAGGGUAUCUUUGCGUUAUACGAUCCUCGAGUCCUUGACCUGUUAGAUAUGAAGAUUUUUUGUCAAGCAGAUGGAGAUACUUGUUUAUCCCGGAGAAUUCUCAGAGAUGUCGCAGAACGAGGUAGAGAUAUUGAAGGCGUUAUCAAGCAAUGGUUUGGUUUCGUGAAACCAAACUUUCAACGAUACGUGGAGCCUCAAGCAGAAAUCUCCGAUAUUAUUGUGCCAAGAGGUGUAGAAAAUCGAGUUGCCAUUAACAUGGUCGUACAAUACAUCCAGCGUACAUUGAAAGAAAAAUCAAUAGCACACAUUAUGGCCUUGAAGAAACUGGGCUUGGGUGCUGAAGAUGAACCUCUAUCUAAAUCGGUUCUUCUUAUGGAACAAACACCACAAUUCAAAGGGAUGAACACCAUCAUUCAAGAUGUAGGAACUCCGACGGAAGAAUUCGUCUUCUAUUUUGACCGGAUUGCUACUUUACUCGUCGAACACGCCAUGAACAAUAUAUUCUUUACAGAGAAGACUGUUGAGACUCCAAUCGGUAACAUGUACCAAGGUUUGGUAGCUACUGGCGAGGUGAGUGCUGUUGUAGUCCUUCGUGCGGGAGGAGCUCUCGAAACUGGCUUGAAGCGAGUCAUCCCGGACUGCAAAACUGGACGAUUGUUAAUUCAAUCGAAUAUCCGAACUGGUGAACCAGAAUUACAUUUUUUGAAAUUGCCAGAUAACAUCAACAAGCACGAUAGUGUUCUGUUACUUGAUCCACAAUUGUCGAGUGGAGGGUCCGCACUCAUGUCAGUUCAGAUUCUUGUAGAUCAUGGAGUACCACAAGGGAAGAUUGUAUUCGUGACUUACACUGCAGGGAAAAUGGGAUUAAACCGACUUACGAAAGUUUUCCCCGAGGUUAAGAUCGUGGUAUGCACAAUCAUUCAGGACUAUGAGGAAAGGUGGAUCGAGAAGAAGUAUUAUGGGUGUUAA